AAUUUUUAAAGUUUCUAAAAUAAACAUGUUUUUCUUCUAUAAUAACAUUUUUAAUUAAAGGAAGAAAAGGCAUUUAAGAGCAACCUGGUUUGCUGGAGUCUGCCUGCUGCCUGUUAUAUCCCAGCACUGGACGUGGGCCAGGCCAGGAGAUCAGGCAGACGCCCUCCCCUCUGCCCAGGCCGGUGCCCACUUUGUUCCCCUGCCCUGAUGUAUGUGGCUGUGUGGUCCCCAUGGCUUUCCCCUCUCAUCUAAUCUUGGGCCUUGAGCUCCCUUAUCUUGGGCAAACUCACUAAUGAAUGAUGACACCCAUAGGCCAGUGAGGAGAUGUGGGUCAAUGCUGAGAUGGAAGAAUGUAAUUAAGGAGCUUCUCACUAUAAAUAAUGGACAUCGAGCUUCACAAUGUCUAUGCUGCACGCUCAUGUAGACUCUCCUCAAACCCUAGUUUACAGACGAAAUAAACUCACAGGAACUCUAGGCAUACAUCUGUCUGUCCCUGCGUAGGCAUUCAUGUUGCAUAUUUGUGUGUCCCCAAUCCACUGCCAAGUUCUAUUAAAUAUUACCCCCUAGAUAGUUCUCCCAUCUGUCCACUUCUUGUCAUCAAUAGCACCACCUCACAGUCAAGCCCUACAGCAAUGGCUUCCUAACUGGUCUCCACCAGCCCUUCUAUGCCCUCUGAUUCUCUUUCCAUACAAUAGCCAGGGUGAUCUUUUGGAAAUUUAAAUCUGAACAUGUCACCCUGCCCAACCACCAUUGCUUAAGACUCUUCAGUGACAGCCCAGUGCCCUUAGGACGGAGACAGAACUCCUCAACCUGGCUUACAGGGGCCCUUCUUCUGACUCAUGGCCCACUUUUUCCUCCCUCCUCUGUUCCAGCCCCACUGGCCCUCUCUUAGUCACUUGUACUCACUCCCAUCUCCCUUCUGCCACAGGGCGUUUGCAUAUCCUCUGCCUGCUGCCAGGCCUAUCCUUGCUGGCCCCUGUACCUAGUUAACUCCUACUAAUCCUUCGGAACUCAGUUCAAAUGUCAUGACUCUCUAGAUUACACCCUCACUAGACAUUCUUAUAACACCUCCUACCUUUUCUUCAAGUCACUAAAUGAAGUUGCAGCUUUACGUUCAUUUGGUUAGUUGAUUAGUGUUUAUUUAUUUUCAUACUAGAGCAUAAGUUCCAUGAAGGCAGGGACUAUGUCUCUUUUGGAUCACCAAUCCCUAGUGGGCAUAAUGAUUGGCAGACUAGGAGAACUCACAAAAUCCUUGUUAAAUGAGUUAGUUAAUGAAUUAACAAAAUCCAGUGACACUUCUGAUCUGGUUCCUUUUCCCGAAAGGGCUCUCAAACCCUCUGGAAGAUAGGAAAUAGAAGAGGGAGGGGACUGUCAUAAUAAUGUCCGCUGGUCACAGAAUGUUAGAAUGACAGCUGAGUCCACAGGCUGCAUGUUAGAGGCCUCCCUCCUCCUGCUCAUCUCUGCCCUCUUCCAAAGAGGGCCAGGAAAAGAGCCACCAUGGUGAAGCAGUGAAGCCUGGGGCCAGCCUGUGGCAACCAGAGCCUCACCAGGAGGCAGGGGGAAUGGGAAGGUAAAUAAAGGAAGGAAGGAAGGAAUGUCUACUGAGAAGGGACUCUGUUUGGAUGCCACGCUAAAUGUUUACAGGAAUCAAAUCAUUUUGUCUUCCAAACAAUUCCAUUUUGUAGAUGAGAAAACAGACUCAAGGAGGUUAUGAAACUUGGCCAAGGUUAUAAAAGCAAGGCAAGCGAAACUGAGUUUCACCCCAGAUCUGCCAGCCUUCCUUCAAAGCCCCGGCUUCCCCAGGCUGCCAUCCUCAAACACCUCCCCCACCUUGUUAACUUAGGGCCCAAAGUUCCAUCGUUAAAUACUCAUCCAUUGGCCUUUUUCUAAAGCUCUCUUUUACAAGUCAAUGUAUGUUAGUUGAAGUUGAUAUGUUGGAAACAGAAACUCGAUAUCAUAAAGGCAACCACUAUAAGACCUAAAAGAUGUAUAUAAACAAAAAUCAGAAUGUGGACAGUAAAGGUGACGAGGAGUUACUGUGAGUGAGUUAAUUUCUCAGCCUUCAUAUUGAGGAGACAAGAGAUACUGUCUAAUUGACAAAUUCAGAAAGAUAUUACAUAAAGAUAAUAGUGAUCACAGGAGAACUGAAAACAGAAGCUGUUGGUGGGGGUUGCCUCUGGGAAGAAGAGAGAAACCAUCAUUUUUCAUUUGUUUGCCCUUCAGAACUGUUUAUUUUUUAAAAAAUUAAUGUUCUAUUCUGUAACUUAAAAAACAUCCUAAGCUCUUUACAUAUCAGAAAAAAAAAGUUGAGAAAUUUCUCUUACAAAGGACUAAACAAACAAAAAUAGCCUACCUUUAGAAUGCGAGCAUGUUUAGAAGUGUAAUAUUAGUCCUUGACACCUGGGUAUAAGUUAGGUCUGCUGAUUUUGUCUGUGUCAGGAAGUACCUGAAUGGGGUGGGGGGGGGGGGCCGUGUCAUGUGAUAAUAAUGUGGUUCCUAAGCAGUUGCUUCAGGGGAACAGGCAGGUAGACUGGGCUUGAUAAAUUUGCCUUUACAAGCACACAGGGCCAGGCUGACACAUUCAGACACACCCAGACACGAGGGGGCACUGGUCCCACGAGGGCCAUGGUAACGACCCUCCAACUCCAUCCACCAGCCAAGACUCUGCCCGUAGCAGGGCUGUACUUUGAACAGGACCCCCUGCCAGCCAGGGAUCCUGCUCCUGUGGGAUCUGUCUGACCACAGCUUCAGAGGGGGCCAGAGUGGAUCCAGUCCCAGGAAGGUGGGAUGCAAGGGGGAUCUCAGGUAAGAGCAACCUCAGGUCCUGUUCCAGAGCUGGCCACAGAGCACUGAUCGGAGGCCUGUACCCCUUAGGACCCAAGGGCCUCUUCCUCCUCCCCGGGCAGGGCAGCCUCUUGACCUUUGCUCGCCUGCAGUUUAUGUCCCUUUGGGCCCAGCAGCUGAACAAAGGAAGGCUGGGCAUGGCUCUGGAGUGCCACUUGCUGGCUGGCCGUGAGGAGCCAGGAGACUGGCAUUCCCAGCACAAAAGCCCUGUUGAUCUUUGACCCCCACCCCUCCCUGGGAGCCUUGGCCCUCCUCCUGCCUUCCUUUCUUCCCUGCUGGCCUCUCCCUCUGUUUGCUGUCUCCUCACUUCCUUCUGUGCCCUUCCUCUGACUGGCACGUUUUCCCAGCCUCUGGCCCAGUCCAAUCCUUCCAUGCUGUCUUCAAGCCCUGCUUCCUGCACGUCUCCCAACCCAGACAAGGAGAACCCAAGUAAGAAGGUCCAGUGGGCUUCUGGGAGGAGGAGAACAUCAUCCACAGACUCAGAGUCCAAGUCCCACUCAGACCCCUCCAGGGUGUCCAGGUCCCGGAGACCCAGCCGACUGACAGUGAAGUACGACUGGGGGCAGCUCCAGCGCUGGCUGGAUACGGAGCAGUGGGUGGAUGCUCAGCUGCAGGAGCUCUUCCAGGAUCAAGCAGCCCCUUCUGAGCCUGAGAUUGACCUGGAGGCUCUCAUGGAACUAUCCACAGAAGAGCAGAAGACUCAGUUGGAGGCCAUUCUCCAAGACUGCCCUCGUGCCACAGAGCCUUUUAUCUCUGAGCUGCUCGGUGAACUCAAGAAACUCCGCAGACUCAGCCGGCCUCAGAAAUAACCCUGAGACUAUCUUCAGCAGCCUCAGUGCUGCCAGGCCUGCCUUGAACCUCCGGAUCCCAGCUGAGAGGGAAACAGCUCCUUCAGACACAGACAAGGAACAUGGAGGACAAGGAGGGACAUUUUGUACACCCCUAGUGUAUGUGCAGUCACAGCUGGUUUCUGUCAGCUGGGCUCUCUGGGAGCCAAUCAUGGCUGCUGCCCAAUGCUUUCCUUGGCAGCCAAGUGGAUAAAACCUUCAGGAGCCCCAGCUAAA